GACGACGCAUGCGCAGUAUCGCGCACUGAGUUAGCUCCGUGGUAGUCUGUUCCUGUGSCAUCAAAAACAAGGUGUUUUCUGUGAAAUGUUUCGUAGAAAACUAACAGCUCUGGAUUAUCACGAUCCGAACGGGUUUGACUGUUCAGAUGAAACUCAGUUCAGAAACUGUYUCGUGUGGCUGGAGGACCAGAAGGUCAGACACUACAAGAUCGAGGACAGGGGCAACCUGAGGAAUAUCCCCAGCUCAGACUGGCCUAAAGCCUAUGAGAAGUACCUGCAGGACCUGAACUGUCCCUUUGGAGUCCAGGAGCGGAAGGAGGCUGUGGACUGGUUACUGGGCCUGGCUGUGCGAUACGAAUAUGGAGACAACGUGGAAAAGUAUAAAAACUGUCAGCCGUUAGCAGCUUCUGGUCUGAGCGAUAAACCAACAGAUCCUCUCCUGAACCUGGACAGUAAUUCUCCAGAUUUCAAAGCAGGAGUAACAGCUCUGGCYAACAUCCUGAAGAUCCAGAGACACGACGAUUACCUGGUCAUGCUCAAGGCCGUCCGGAUUCUGAUCCAGGAGAGACUUUCACCUGAGGCCAUCGCUAAAGCCAACCAAAGCAGAGAGGGUGUUCCUGUCGCUUUAGAUAAACAUGUUCUGGGUUUUGACACCGGAGACGCCACMCUGAACCAGGCGGCUCAGAUCCUGCGCCUGCUGCACAUCGAGGAGCUGCGGGAGCUGCAGACCAAGAUCAACGAGGCCAUCGUGGCCGUCCAGGCCAUCAUCGCCGACCCCAAGACCGACCACCGGCUGGGCAAGGUGGGCCGAUGAAGACGAGGGUGAAGAGGAGGAAGGAAGGGAAGGACUGAACCUCCUGAGGGUUUUAAUUUAAAUUUCAGACGGAAAGACCAGAUUUUUGUUGUUUUAAGACAUAAAUAAGUUUGCAUUUUUUUUGUUCUUUAAUGGAGUCAUUUUAAACAAGGGUCAAAGGUCAUGAUUUCAGAUUUCUACUUCAGAAAACUGUAGAACUGGUACCUGCUCUGAAACAUGUACUCUUGUUUGGUGCCAGAAGGAAUAAGACGGUUUAUGUUUGGGAACGUUUGAUUUUUGAUUGUCUGAUGAAUUCUCUCUACAAAUACAAAAAGUGUCAAAAGGA